AUGACUUUACUGAACAUGCUCCGCGACCACUGGGUUCAUGUGCUCGUUCCUAUAGGAUUUUUGAUUGGAUGUUAUCUAGACAGAAGAGAUGACGAAAAGCUAACUGCCUUCCGCAACAAGAGUAUGUUAUAUAAAAGAGAAUUGAGAGACAAUGAAGAAGUCACUUGGAAGUAA